AGACAUUUGACUGGAAAAACACAUGUUGCCGGCAGUGAUGGUGAUAAUCAGUUUGCUACUUACAUCAAGGAGAGAUGGGAAGCUGCUGGUCUUCCCAUGACCCAUAUCGAUUCGUACUAUCCAUUGCUCAACUACCCCAUCUCUCGCUCGCUUACUUUAUUGGAGCCAUUUCGAUACGAUGCAGUGCUGAGAGAACCAGCUAUUGCCGAGGACACUACAAGUGGGGAUCCAGAUGCUGUUCCUACCUUUCUAGGCUACUCUCCUUCUGGAAACGUCACUGCAGAGCUAGUGUAUGCCAAUUUUGGUGGUAUAGAAGACUUUGCUAUGCUAGCUAAAAACGGCAUUGAUGUCAAGGGGAAAAUUGUUUUGGUCAGAUAUGGUGGUGCGUUUCGUGGUUUAAAGGUUCGAGCUGCUGAGCUCUCUGGAGCUGCUGCUGUUUUGAUCUUUUCGGAUCCUGCCCAGGAUGGUUACAAAAUGGGUGCUACGUAUCCUGACGGACCGUGGAGACCACCUCAUGGUGUACAAAGAGGUUCUAUCCAGUAUCCAACAUUUUACCCUGGUGACCCACUUACGCCUUUUAUUGCUGCGACAAAAGAUGCUCCUCGUAUUCCAAUUGAGGAAGCACCCAUUCCCAAGAUUCCUGCAAUUCCAAUUAGCUACGCUGAUGCUGCCCCUUUUUUGAAAGCUCUUGUCGGUCACGGAAUUCUUGCCAGAACCUUAUCUCUCAAUUGGCAAGGAGGUCUUGACAUGGAUUAUUGGACAGGACCUGCUGCAAAAGUAAAUAUGUAUGUCAACAAUGAUUUCAAAAUCAAACCUAUUUGGAAUGUUUUGUCCAUCAUUGAGGGUAAACACGAACCCGACCAAGCCAUUAUUCUUGGCGGACAUAGUGAUGCAUGGGUAUAUGGCUCAGUUGAUCCAUCUUCAUCCAAUUCCGUGAUUGUUGAAACUGGUGUUGCACUUGGUAAAAUGUACAAGUCUGGCUGGCGACCCGAUCGCACCAUCAUUCUUGCAAGCUGGGAUGGUGAAGAAUACGGUUUAUUAGGCUCUACCGAAUGGGUUGAGGAUCAUGUCGAAGUACUAAAUAGAACUGCGAUCGCGUACAUUAAUCUUGAUAUGGGUGCUUAUGGACCACACUUUCAUGCUGCUGCUAGUCCUUCUCUCGCUAAUCUUAUCCGUGAUGUAACCAAGGGCGUAAAAGAUCCCAACUCGGGAAAAAUGGAUACACCUCAAGGUCGUGUUCCACGUAUUAGCCCACUUGGAUUUGGAUCUGAUUAUGUUGCAUUUUUGCAAUUUGUUGGUGUUGCUGCUAUGGAUAUUAAAUUUGAAGGCGACUAUGGUGUGUAUCACUCCAACUAUGAUAGUUUUCAUUGGAUGGAAAAGUUUGGAGAUCCCACUUGGGAAUAUCACAAGACACUUGCUAGUAUUGUUGGUCGCAUUGUUCUUUCGCUUGCACACGAUGAAAUUCUUCCAUUUGACUAUGCCCCUUAUAGUUAUGAGUUGACUCGAUAUGCUACAGAUGUAAGCACUGCGCUCCAGACUGCUGAAUUUCCUAUCGAAUGGGCAAGUAGUUUGCACGAAGCCAUCCAACUUUUUUCAAAAGCAGUAAAUAAGUUGAACAAGGCUAUUGACGGAUUGUCUGAUAUUGAAACCAAGACGAAUGCUGAGCAAAUGGAUGAGCCCAAGCUUGUUGUUCAAGGAAACGACAACAACGAAAUAAUGAUGAUUACAUCUUUUGAUGCAGACUUGUCAGCAUCCAAGAAACACAAAAAACGACCCAAUGCCAAGAAGCUUAACAAGAUUCUUGGAUUUGGGGAGCGCGCCUUUAUCAAUAAGGAUGGCAUUCCUGGUCGACCAUGGUACAAACAUGUUGUUUAUGCACCAGGAGAGUGGUCUGGAUAUGGUGCAGAGAUGUUUCCUGCAAUUCAUGAAGCCAUUCGUGCGCAUAAUGAAACUCGAGUGCUAAAUGCGAUCGCAGUUGCUUCGCAUCAAAUUCAACAAGCUGCAGAGAUGCUUUCUCCUUGA